UUUUCCUUCUUAAAUUAGAUUCUUUCUCAGUCCGAUAGAGUAGACAUGGCUUCUUCUUCUCGGAGAAAAUACGAUGUUUUUAUCAGUUUUAGAGGCGAGGACACCCGGUAUAAUUUUCUGAGCCAUCUUCAUAAAGCAUUAUUGCAGAAAAGGAUAGAAACCUAUGUGGACGAGAGACUCGAGAGAGGAGAUGAAAUUUCACGGGCUCUUUUGAAAGCAAUCGAAGAGUCGGAAGUUUCUGUAAUCAUUUUCUCGGAUAAUUACGCUUCUUCCUCGUGGUGUCUAGAUGAGCUCGUGCAUAUCAUGUUCGGAUGCAAGGAAAAGAAUGUUGUUGUACCGAUAUUUUAUCAUGUAACUCCGUCUGAUGUGCGGAAACAAUCAGGGAGAUUUGGAGAUGCAUUUGCUGAACUUGUGAAGCGUUCCAAGGACAAAGAAAAGCUAUGGAGGACUGCUUUGACAAAGGCUGCUAAUCUCUGUGGCUGGGAUGCACAAAUCAGCAGGUACCUAAGCCUCUCACUUUAAUUAUUAAUGUCUGCGGUAAUAAUUAGAAGCAUGCCAGAGGAAGAACAAA